AUGCUGUACGGCAAAGCGACUGGCCAUUGCUACGAGCCGACGACGAUCAUGCAAGUCUAUGCGUGGAGCAUGGUUGGUGAGAAGUUCGCUUUCCCAACUGAAGAUGCCAUCAGCUUUGUCAUCCGCAUGGAUUUGGACUGGCAGGAAGUGUGGAUGUCCAUCCUCGAGUAUGAAGAACGCGUCAGAGCGAUCACCGGCAACACGCUGUACAGUGGGCAAUUUAUCUUAAGGCUUCUACAACUUCCACGUAUAGUGCGUAAACGUAUUCAUGAUUGAUCUACUUUUGCCGCAGCUACUUCCACGUAUUAUCCACGUAUACGUUUUCAUCUACUUUUGAUGCCGCAUCAUGAUCUGUAAGCUGUUUUAUUCAAGAAGAAAAACGGAAGCAGAUGAGCAGGGAAAGAUGGAUUAUAAUAGUGAGUUCUAAUUAUCGCAGAAGUGCGAACCGAAAUUCCAAUGUUUCUGGAAGAGUUUUUGUUCGGAGUCAGGCAGGAGAACGGGAACUAUCACGACGAAACGGGGAAUCAGCUCAAGAAAAAGGACGUAACAGCUUAUGUCAUAUCUUCAGUCCAAAAAUUAUGAAGAAUAAACUCAGUUUUUUUAUACUCACUUCUUAACUCGUCUCUACAUCUACUUGCGUGAAAAAUCAUUGUUGAGAUUCAAUUUCUAGGGACGAGGUGUAAAUAACAUCAAUCAAUUCAAGUGUUUCAUUCUCCCUCUUGAUCUCAAAAAUAUUGCAAAAAACCCAUUUUUAGGUUCUGGCAGCAGAGCGGCAGAUGGUUGACCGUGUGCAGGUCGGCGGCGCGGUGAUGGCGGUGACCGGAGCGAAUCAGGGC